GAAGCAAUGCAUAUAUGCUGAAUUUAAGGAGUGGAGAGUUCCAGAUUGGAAGUGGAUAAAAUCAAGUAAAAGAUUAGUAGGAGUAACACUGAGUGUGAGAAAGGCAGUGUUUUAAUCUUAAAAAACCUCACCUCCUGCCAACUAUAUAGCAGCUUUCAUCCACCACUCGAACUUUCAAUCCUACAUUGAAAAAUUAAUUAAACUUCAACAACUAAUGGCAACAACUUCUUCCUCUGCUCUCCUUCCUCUUCUCUUUUUAUACCUCACCACCUUUUGCUCUCUCAUAGAUGGAGCUCAACUCAUAGUUGUGAACAACUGCACGGAAAGUGUGUGGCCUGGAAUACUGGGUAGCGCCGGCCAACCAACACCAAGGAAGGGAGGGUUUCACCUCGGAAGCGGAGAAGAAGUAAUACUCGACGUCCAGGAGAAAUGGUCCGGUCGAAUUUGGGGAAGGCAACACUGCGCGUUCAACAACACCGGCGACGGAUCAUGCCUCACCGGCGAUUGCGCCGGGAAACUCCAUUGCAGAGGCAGGUCAGGUAAUCCUCCUACAACAGUAAUCGAAAUGACGCUUGGAUCGUCCUCUUCUCCGCUGCAUUUCUACGAUGUGAGUCUGGUGGACGGAUUCAACUUGCCUGUUUCGAUGAAACCAAUGGGAGGCGGAAUCGGCUGCGGCGUGGCGGCGUGCGAGGUGGAUCUGAACUUCUGCUGUCCGUCGGCGUUGGAGGUGAAGAUCGGAGGAAAAGUUGUAGGGUGUAAGAGUGCUUGUCUGGCUACUAAAUCGGCAAGGCAUUGUUGUACUGGGAAAUUUGCAGAUCCAAAGGCAUGCAAGCCAACUCUGUCGGCUCAUAUCUUCAAGGCAAUAUGCCCAAAGGCUUAUAGUUAUGCUUAUGAUGAUUCUGGAAGCCUCCAUACAUGCAGAGCUUCCAGGUAUCUCAUCACUUUCUGCCCUACAAUGUAGAAGCAAUGCUGAAGUGAUACGCUAUCCAAUUCAGCAUCGUAUAGUUUCAACGUUUGUAAUUAAUAUAUAGUUCACAUAAUUUUGUAAGUAUUUUGAAUUUGGUUUGUUAUCAGACCUUGUGCUUUUAAAUUUGGUUGAUGUAUUCUACUAUUCUAGUGUUGCAGUGAAACUUCCUGUUACUUUAUAGCUUAUA